ACACAUCCUUAGAUAAGUCUCACUCCGCUGCACGAUGGAAGAUGCCGGUUGCCUAGCUGCUUGCCGGUUGCCUUAGCGCUUGCUGGCACAUCCGAGCGUCCCCCCAGAGCACCACCAGCACUGUGCAAACGAGGUCACAAGCGAGAGUUAAGCCUGUCUUCAUCUCCCGGGACUCGUGACUUCGAUCUCAUUCUCAAAGAUUCAAGCAAGCGACAACAACGCGCACUCUUUACCGAAUCAAACUUCCAUGCCAAGUGAUCAGACGCUGGACUCUACCAUCCACGUUGCUGAUGGAAACUUGCGAACAAAGCUCGACUUAACGUACCCGGACAGUCAAGCAAAUGGCUGCAGCAAACUACGACUAAAAAGCUGCAAUGUCAAGCCACUGUUAAAACGAUCGGGCGGGCUGGUGGCAUUUCACCUCCUGAACGCUGUUGUGGCCGUCAUCGGAGCCAUCGCAGCUGCACUCACUCUUGCAGCUCUAGCGCUGACUUUCGGUUGGGUUGGGAUUGCUCUGGCGGUGGCGGUGGGGGCAAUCCCAUUUCUGCUGCUAUCACUGCUUCCUGAUCGUUUAUUGGAAGGCUGGCUUAUCGCAUUGUGCUAUGGAGCUUUGGUUGUUGGCUAUCUGGGGCUAUACGUGUGGUCAUGGUUCAACGUCUAUACAAUGAUAGCACCGUACGCUCUCGCCGUUGCUGGCGGUAUUGGCACGCUACUCUUCUAUCUCUCUUUCUUCAUGUUUCUUUUCCUUGUGAAAACUGAGGUUCGGAGCGCCAAUUUCGUCAAACUUACCGUUCCCUUCUGUGUGACCACUGAAGAUAUUCCGGAGCAUGCAGAUCCAGCGAAACGAAUUGGUCUCAACAAAAAUGCGGAGAUGUGGUUUGUGCCGAUUACCAUGAUGACAUGCCGCACGUGGAUAACUGUUCUCUACUUCGCUACACUCAAGGUUGUUGUUGGAGCAUUGAGUGCGGCAACCAUUUUCUUUGCUGUGAUUCAGCCUGCCAUAUCGCUCUUCGGCGGUGGUGGUGCUCCGUUCUUUGCCAGUUCAUUGACAUUUCACCACGAUCCUAUCGCGUACGUCGGUGUCAUUGUCUCGCUCUUGAUACUCGCUGUUGUCGGAAUGGUUUUGGUGGCGACACUUUCCGUAAAGCUGACAUCGGGCAUUUUGGGGGAGUGGACGGUAAAACAAGAUCAAUCGCAGGAUGAACGGAGUGAAGCCACUAUCCAGGAUACCGCUUCCCCGAAAGCUGGGUUCGCAGCAUUGAAUGUUGCUUCACCUACUGCGGCGACUGCGUGAUGCCACACGACCAAUACAGCACUCUGGUUGCUUCGAACUUCAAUAGUUUUGUGUUCCAUCUCGAAUAUUUACGUGUCGAAAAAAAUGAGCGAAUAAAACCUAGGAUGUCCGUCAGUUAGCUUAAAACUUCUUCAUACCAUGUUCUGGUUUGGAUUAAUGUUGUAAUGAAUGAUCGAGAGUAAUAGAGAA